AUGCUAUAUUCCUUUCUUCUGUUCACUGUAAUUCUUUCACUUCAAGAGAUGUAUCGCGCUAAAUUGGCAUCCUCCGAGUUAUUUACCAUUCUUGGUGGAUUCAUCAGUUCUCUCUUGUUUCUUGUCCUCCUCACUUUCAUUGGGAAUUUCCAGGAAACAUGUGGCAUGAAGACUGGCUGGGGUGCUGUCAUAUCAGCACAAGCUGUUGCUCUAAUUGCAGCAAGCACUGUGCAUCGUGUUUGCAUCACUACAUGUUUCUUGUUCUCUGUUGGUCUACUUUAUGAGGUCAACAAGCUUUCAGGGGUGAUAGUUUCUAAAAGCGAUUCUAAAACGAGAAGGCACUGA